AGCCCGGAUUUUGUGAGAUUCCCUGAAGGACUGCAUCAAUUCCAUUUUAUGUGACUAUACACUCAUGCCAAGUCUAAGCAAUGGAAAUUCUCCAGUUCAAAUCCAAUAGCUAUUAAGGAAGAUGGAUGCAGAGGCUGAAGAUAAUAUGCUGUGUACUCGCUCUAAAGGAACGGAGGUGCCAAUGGAUUCUCUAAUCCAGGAACUCAGUGUCGCCUAUGAUUGCUCUAUGGCAAAGAAGAGGAGGGCUGAGGAGCAGGCUUUGGGUGUUCCCGUCAACAAAAGGAAGUCUCUGCUGAUGAAGCCCCGACACUACAGUCCGAGCACAGACUGCAAAGGAGACCGGGAAGACAGGACUGAGGAAGAUAGUCCCUUGGAAACCAGCAACCACUCUGCUGCAGAAGAAAUCUUGAUAAAACCUGCAGAUGAGAACCUUAAGUCAAAUGCACAAGAAAACUCCCAUCAGAAAGAAGACCAGUACACUUGCUAUCAAGAGCUCGUGGUCAAAUCUUUGACGCACUUGGGGAAAUUUGAAAAGAAUGUGUCUGUUCAGACUAUAAAUGAAACUUUGAAUGACAGUGGCAUCCAGUCUUUAAAAGCAGAGAGCGAGGAAGCCGAUGGAUGCUUUCUGAUCCAUUCAGAUGAUGGAAGAGACAAAGCAGACGAGUCUCAGCCGCUGUUCUGCUCCUCGGAUGACAGCGAAAGUAACUCUGACAGCGCAGAGACUGGGUGGGACAGUGGUUCCAACCUGUCCGAGGACAGCAAGCCCCACGGAGGCCCUGAGUACAUGGCGGAGGAUAAUCAGAAAGACCUGUUGGAAGUUCCUGAGAUAAAAACAGAAGAUGAUGGAUUUGCUCCUUGUGAAAACAGGUGUGACUCCAACACAGAGAGGAGAGACCCACAGAAUGUCCAUGGGGAGGCCCUGGACAGCCACCCCCAGCCUCCUUUCCCUGAGAUGGCAGAGGGUGAGGGCGAGAGCCUGGUUACAGUGACAGAAGAAUCCAGUGAGCUUGAGAAAGCCAAGGGGAACUUAAAUUUGCUGGAGCAGGCCAUCGCUCUGCAGGCCGGCCGAGGCUGCCUUUUCCACAGCACCUACAAAGAGCUGGACAGGUUUCUGCUGGAGCACCUGGCGGGGGAAAGGAGACAAACCAAAGUUCUUGACAUGGCUGGAAGACAAAUCUUUAACAAUAAACAUUCACCGCGGCCUGAAAAGAGGGAGACCAAGUGCCCCAUCCCUGGGUGCGAUGGCACAGGGCAUGUGACGGGGCUCUACCCCCACCACCGUAGCCUUUCGGGGUGCCCUCACAAAGUGCGGGUUCCCUUGGAAAUUCUCGCCAUGCAUGAAAACGUGCUUAAGUGUCCCACCCCGGGGUGCACAGGACGGGGACAUGUGAACAGCAACCGCAACACUCACAGGAGUCUUUCUGGUUGUCCAAUUGCUGCAGCUGAAAAACUGGCCAUGUCCCAAGAUAAAAAUCAGCUUGAUUCUUCCCAAACCGGGCAAUGUCCUGACCAGGCCCACAGGACAAGCUUGGUGAAGCAAAUUGAAUUCAAUUUCCGAUCACAAGCCAUCACUUCACCCAGAGCCACAGUGUCAAAAGAACAAGAGAAGUUCGGAAAAGUACCAUUUGAUUAUGCCAGUUUUGAUGCCCAAGUUUUUGGUAAACGUCCCCUUGUACAAACAGGGCAAGGUCGAAAAACACCACCAUUCCCUGAACCAAAGCAUUUUUCAAAUCCAGUGAAAUUUCCUAAUCGACUGCCUAGUGCAGGCGCCCACACACAGAGCCCGAGUGGUGCCAGCUCUUAUAGCUACGGUCAAUGUGGUGAAGACACCCACAUAGCAGCAGCUGCUGCCAUCCUGAACCUUUCUACCCGCUGCAGGGAAGCCGCAGACAUCCUCUCCAACAAACCACAGAGUCUGCAUGCCAAGGGAGCCGAGAUAGAAGUAGAUGAAAAUGGAACGUUGGACUUAAGCAUGAAAAAAAAUCGCAUCCCAGACAAGGCUGCACCCCUGGCUUCCUCCAACGCCACCAUCCCAACCCCUUCCUCCUCCCCCUUCAAAGCAAGCAGCAUUUUGGUCAACGCAGCGUUCUACCAGGCUCUCUGUGACCAACAGGGCUGGGAGACUCCGAUCAACUACAGCAAAACUCAUGGGAAGCCAGAGGAAGAGAAAGAGAAAGACAUAGUAAACUCUCUAGAAAAUUUAGAGGAGAAAAAGUUUCCUGGAGAAGCCUCUAUUCCAAGCCCUAAACCCAAACUCCAUGCGAGAGAUCUCAAAAAAGAGUUAAUCACCUGUCCAACGCCAGGAUGUGACGGAAGUGGCCACGUCACCGGAAACUACGCAUCUCACCGCAGUGUUUCUGGAUGUCCUUUAGCAGAUAAGACUCUUAAGUCCCUCAUGGCUGCUAACUCUCAGGAACUUAAGUGUCCAACCCCAGGCUGCGAUGGCUCAGGGCACGUGACUGGAAACUAUGCCUCCCACAGAAGCUUGUCCGGAUGCCCUCGUGCAAGGAAAGGCGGUGUCAAAAUGACCCCCAUGAAGGAAGAAAAAGAAGACCCUGAACUUAGAUGUCCUGUAAUAGGAUGUGAUGGCCAAGGUCACAUAUCAGGUAAAUACACUUCACACCGCACUGCGUCCGGCUGUCCCCUGGCUGCCAAGAGACAGAAGGAGAAUCCCCUCAAUGGGACCCCUCUCUCCUGGAAACUGAACAAGCAAGAACUGCCUCACUGCCCCUUGCCAGGCUGCAAUGGGCUGGGCCAUGUAAAUAAUGUUUUCGUCACGCACAGAAGCCUAUCUGGAUGUCCUCUCAAUGCACAAGCUAUCAAAAAGGGCAAAGUCUCCGAGGAACUAAUGACCAUCAAGCUCAAAGCCACCGGGGGUGUAGAGGGUGAUGAAGAAAUUAGGCAUUUGGAUGAAGAAAUAAAGGAACUGAAUGAGUCCAACCUUAAAAUUGAAGCAGAUAUGAUGAAACUUCAGACUCAGAUCACGUCCAUGGAGAGCAACCUAAAGACGAUAGAGGAGGAGAACAAACUCAUAGAACAGAACAAUGAGAGUCUGCUGAAAGAGCUGGCGGGUCUGAGCCAGGCGCUCAUCUCAAGCCUUGCUGACAUCCAGCUUCCACAGAUGGGACCUAUCAGUGAGCAGAAUUUUGAAGCAUAUGUAAAUACACUCACAGAUAUGUACAGCAACCUGGAACGGGACUACUCCCCGGAAUGCAAAGCUCUACUGGAAAGUAUCAAACAGGCAGUGAAGGGUAUCCAUGUGUAGGAUCCCAGUGCUCCCGGCAACAGAGAUUCCAACAGCAGUGAACUCCAGAUGGAUCUACCAGGGGCACGCGGACUGCUGAGACCUGGAGGUUGCCAUCCUGCAUUACGAACGCAACAUUGCACUAUUUUCCCCAGCUGACAUGAAAAGGAAAGAAGAACUAUGAUAGACUCUUUAGAUUAAAAGCAAUGCAGUCAAUUAUUAGAUCUUAUUUAUUUUCAUAUGUUUUCCUUUUAUUUCUUCAUUGAACUCUUUCUUUUGUAAAGUAUAUGUAAAAUAAAUGUGACAUUUUUAUAUUUUAUUUAUCACUAAUCAAAGAAUUUUUUAUCUUUUAACUGCAUUUUGAAGUCUGCCAUAUUUUUACAAGUGUGUUUAUUAAUUUAUUUUCUAAUAGGAUUUAAAUAGAAAUGCUAUUCUCAAAUCACCUAUCUUGCUGGGUUUCCAUGAGCAAACAAGAAAGUGUGAAGGAAAUCCAUGUGUAAGGACUGCACUAUGGUCGAGUUUGAUUUUUAUUGCACACUUCCUAUUACCCUGUUCCACUGGUUUCCGUAGUAUUGGUAAAUGAGUUUGCAGUAGAGGGAGCUGUGUGGAAGGAAUAAGAGGAUACAUGGCGCCGCCUAGUGGGCACCCUCACAAAAGCACAGGAUGCUGGACAACAGCUUGCUCAGAAUUUGUUAGCAAUAAUUAAAUAUAGCAAUCAGCAAACUAUUCGACUUGGUUGCACGGUUUUAGUUGAUAUGAAUUAUUUAUUUGAAAUGUUUUAAAGAAAUGUAAGGGUUUUUUUAGUGAUGCAGAUUUGUCUGUUUGUUUUUCAAGUCAUAUCAGAUAGUUGGCAACUCUUAGCCCAAGAGACAAGAAAUAAAAACUUGAUGUGACCAGUCAGGCUUUCCUGUCAUAUUUGGUACAAUACACAGAUAAGAAUGUUGGUGUAGAUUUGUAUUUAGCAAAUAUGAACACAUCCAAGUGAAAAAUUCUGUAGAUACCAUAUCCCCUGAAAUAGCAUUUAUCUUACUGGGUUGACUAGAAAGGAGUGAAAAUUACAAUAAGACAUAAAAAAAAAAUGUUACUACGGUUUGAACAAUUGCCUUCACGACUGGCAACACUGGCGUUCUCCACCUUAGGAACUAAGACAACACUCAAUUUGCUACAGUCUUGCCAUUGGACUGCAAGAGGUACCAAGCAUACACACACACACACACACACACACACACACACACACGCAUGCACACACACAGACAUGCACACAUAGGCACAUGGGUGUAUUCACACACUCAUCCACACAUAAAAUUGAGCCUACAAUCUUGAAUUUCUGAAUGGAUCAGAGUUUAGUAGUUGCUGUAGUAAAGGCAAUGUCUAUUUCAGGGAUUGUAAAGUAGUUAAGCAUUGUUUCAAAAGUUUUUUUAUAUUUAUUUUUUUUAAGGAAAAGGUAUAGACAACCAGCUAAACUGCCUUUUGGGUGUGCACACACAUUUCAUGUGCAGACGUGCCUCUGUGUAAAUGUACACAUGAACUUAGUGUGGGCUUACUUUUCUGUGCUAUAACAAAAGUGUUUAUUUUUUAUUAGCCUCAUGGAUAUGUAGACUGAAUGUGAUGGCAUUCACAGGUUUGAUAUUGCUGUUACUGCACAAAUACAUGAGGAGUAACACUGGCCAGAAACUCCACUCCCACGAAGCUGUGGUCAUUGUUAUGCAUCAUCUUUGGUUUGGGGUUCAUUUGAACUCUGGAAUCUUAGUUUAGUGAAAAUGAAAUGUCUGCGCUUAGAUAGGAAUGGUGUUUAUUUAAAAACCAAUUUUUUAAAAAAGCUACCAUAUGUGCUGUCUAUUAUAAAUGGAACACCAGACAAAAUUUUCUAUUAAAGUUAUGUCCUUGCAAACAUUUUGCUAUACAGUACUUCAUAGAUGCAUACAAGUGAGUUCAUUUAUUACAAAAAUGGAAGUUUAAUUUGCUAAAUAUUUUAACAAUUUGUUAUAUAUUUUAUUUAAUUUAAAAAGAAAUCUCUUACCAACCUAUGUAUUUAUUACUAUAAUUUACUAUGACUUCGGGUUAAUUUAUUUGUGUUUGCAUAGUUUGAGAGAGAUGUUUUGUGAGUGGUAUUUAUUUGCCUCCUUUGUACUUGAUGUGUUUUGUAAUGUGCACUGAUUUAUUUUUCUUUUCAACUAUGUUAAUGAUCAAUACUGUAAAUUGGGUCUUUUGUAAACAACCAAAAAAGCAAUGAUGUAUGCAUUUUUUUUAAUUUGAGGCAGUUUGUUUGUAUACUGUUUCUCCAAACAAUUAAUAUUUCUUACAUCAAAGCAACAAAAUCGUGUUCAGUGCUGUACCUUUGGUGUAUGGUAGGAAAUAAAUAUUGGUAAUGAGU